UUCGCUUGCGAAUUCUGUGAUAAACUCUUCAAAAAUAAAGGUAGUUUGUGCCUACACAUGCGAAUACAUUCAGGCUACAAACCUCAUGUAUGUAGCGAAUGUGGGAAACAAUUCAGCCAAAUCGGAUCCCUGCAAACUCACUUGAGAAUACAUACUGGUGAUAAACCAUAUCAAUGUACAGAAUGUGGUAAAAGCUUUAUUCAGAAAACUGGUUUAAAUCAACAUCUACGAACCCAUAAUGGUCAACAACCGUAUGAAUGUCUAACUUGUUUCAAACGUUUCUCUCAAAUUGGAAGUUUGAGAAGUCAUGAGCGAACACACAGUGGGGAGAAGCCAUUUGUUUGUAUUGAAUGUGGCCGAAGUUUCUCCCAAAGAGGGACAUUAACUGCUCAUACUAGAACUCAUACUCAAGAGAAACCUUUUACUUGUGAAGUUUGUGAUAAGUCCUUUACUCAGAAGGCAGGUCUAAUCGCUCACCAACGCUUCAUACCUGACCCUAAAACUGUAAAAUGCAAUGAAUGUGGAAAAUUUGUUCUAAAGAGUUCAAUGAAGGUACAUGUGCGAAGUCAUUCAGGAGAGAAACCCUUUCAAUGUGAUGUUUGUAGUAAAACAUUUACAGUUAAAUGUAAUUUGAGAGAUCAUCAGUUAACUCAUAAUUCAGACAGACCUGUCCAAUGUCCAGAUUGUUCUAUGAGGUUUAAAACUGAACAUUUAAUGCAGAUGCAUUCAAAAACUGUGCAUUCAGAGGUCAAACCGUUCUCAUGUGAGAAGUGUCAUGUGAAAUUCAAACUCAGACGCAAUUUACAAGUGCAUAUGAAGAUACAUACUGCAGAAAAACCUUUUAAAUGUACGUCUUGUGAUUAUGCGACUGCACAUAAGAGUUGUCUCAAAACACAUUUUUGGACACAUACUAAUAUCAAACGUUUUCAUUGUGAAAAAUGUGACAAAUUUUUCACCCAAAAAGCGAAACUUCAGGAUCAUGUCAACAUUCAUAAUAAUAUCCGUUCUUUCAUCUGUAAUCAUUGUAAUAAACCUUUCAAUCGUAAAGACAAUUUAAAAGUUCAUCUAAGAUCUCAUUUAGGAACGAAACCUUAUAAAUGUGAUGUGUGUAGUAAAUUAUUUUCAUCAAGUCAAGGCCUGAAUUAUCACAUGAAG